UUUCUGCAGGCUGCAUGGCCGUCGUGACUUCGUCAUUUGAUUUGUGUUUCGACAGUCGUGCCACGUAUUUUUGCUAUUUGAGUCUCUCGUAAAGUCACACUUUCGACAAUUGUUUUAAUGUCUUUUACUUGUUUGUCUCGAGUAACCUAAGAAGCUCUCUCGACAGAUAUGGGGUCCUCUCACAGCGUGGAGAUACCGGGAGGCGGUACAGAAGGUUACCAUGUAUUGAGGGUUCAGGAAGGUUCUCCUGGACAGCAAGCAGGACUAGAAGCAUUCUUUGAUUUUAUAGUGGCAAUUGGCAAUACUCGUCUGGAUCAAGAUAAUGAUACCUUGAAGGAACUUCUAAAGGUUGGUGUAAAUAAGGAAUUAACAAUCACAGUGUAUAGUAGUAAAACACAAUCUGUAAGGCGGACAAAUAUUGUGCCGAGUAUGACAUGGGGUGGACAGGGUUUAUUAGGUGUCAGUAUACGUUUCUGUUCAUUUGAAGGUGCUAACGAAAAUGUUUGGCAUGUACUUGAAGUACAUCCAUCAUCUCCUGCUGAACUAGCCGGUCUACGGCCGUUCACUGAUUAUAUUAUCGGAGCAGACUCUAUUCUCCAUGAAAGUGAGGAUUUAUUUACUUUAAUAGAGGCGCAUGAAUCACGACCUCUCAAAUUGUAUGUAUAUAAUACUAAAAAUGAUUCCUGUAGAGAAGUGACUAUCACACCUAAUAAUACUUGGGGCGGAGAAGGAAGUUUGGGAUGUGGAAUCGGAUAUGGAUAUUUACACAGAAUACCAAUCAGAAGCGUACCAGAGCAGAAAUCUGCUAAUUCAUAUGUGAAUACUGUAAUGCAAACUCAACCAGCAAUGACUACUACCGUUACUGUGGCAGAAAUCAAUCCGAUUGUCAGUACACCACCUGGAUUAAUUACGCCGAAUUAUACUGUUCCAAUGGAUAGCUCGAUACAAAAUUUAAAAACCGAACAGGAAACUAUAUCUGCUCAAAGUAUACCUGCACCUGGAUCAAAAAUGCAAAUGCAACCAGCAAAUCAAGUCAAUUUUACUGGUACUGUUGGUGGCUAUACAUCUGUCAGGUCAGGACCUCAUAUGUUUUCGAAUCAGCCUACCACCAGUUUUACAUCCAGCACUUGUCCAAUAACUCCGAACAUUCCUGGUAUGCCAACUGUUACGGGAUUACCAUCAAACGUUAUCCAUUCUUAUGAAGUUUCAACCGCACCGUCUGGACCGAUUAAUGCCCCAGAGCAACAGAGAGAGCAGAAUUCUGUUCAUAAUACAACCACAAUCAAUGUCCCAGUAUUGUCCAGAGAACAAAAUCCUAUUCCUAAUAUAAACACAACUGCUGGCUUUAAUAUAGCUCACGUUGUAACGACACCUAUAUCACUGCCAGGAAUGCCACCUAUCACAGUCACCGCCUCUCUCCCGCAAGACACUUCCUUCUAUCCAUCUGUUCUUCAACAGCAAAAUCAAUUACCACCCAGUAUCAACACUACUACCGUUGCUCCGACAAUGCCAACGUCCACACAGUAAGGAACUUUUAAAAAUAAAUGAAAGAUAUAAUUUUCACUUUAAUAAAGUAUAAUAUUAAGCAUACCAAUUAAAUAAAAUUGAAUCUUUUCUCUGUUCUAAACUAUCAGAGACAAGAGAAAAUGAGCCAG